AUGGAAACUAGGAGACUGCUAUGGCUAGUGGGAGUGGUAUUCGCCAUAGUUUUGACAAUUCAGUAUUUUGAACUUCCUAAUGUUUUCUCAUCUUUAUUUUCUGCUGGUGAGACUCAAAUACUGAUACUCGAAACGUCAGCAACAGGAAACUCAUCCCUAAGCCCCCAAAUAUCAGGGAAUCUGACAAUUUUGAACAGUUCGAACUCAGAUUUCACAACUGCUAUUCAUGAUACAAAUAAUAUAACAAAUAUCUCCGAGGCAAAUGGAUAUACAUCAGAAAGGGAUGGAGGCUCAGAUGAAUCCCUUGUAUUAGAUGAGGAUGGUGAUCCUGAAGAUGAAUCUUCAUCUGAGAACGUCAUAGAGAUAAACAACACUUCAACAGUGGAGAAGACAGAUAGAAAUAAUAGCCCGGCACCGGAAAAGGCCAGAGAAUCUGACUAUACUACUAAUGGAAAUUCCUCAUUAGGCAGUAUUCAGAAAGAACAUCUUCCUUUCGCUUCAGAAGAAAAAGGGAAUUUAGAUAGUAAUCCUUCUAUCCCUUCAUUUGGAUCAUCCCCAAUAAUUUCACCAUCUCCCUUAUCUCCACAAAAUGUGGCUACGAAUUCAGGAAUUCCUGCAAUAUCUUCCAACCCUAAAAUAUCUUCAGUUGAUAAAGGUUCAGUUGUCAGGACUAAUAUUCCAGCUGGGAAGGAAAGGUCUGAGAGGCCAUUGGCAGAAGUAAUGUCAGUAUCUGAAAUGUAUGAUUUGUUGCGUCAGAGCCGUGCUUCAUCUCGUUCAAUGAGACCGCGAUGGUCUUCAGCUGUUGAUCAGGAAUUAUUAGUUGCGAAGUCACAGAUUGAAAAUGCACCCAUCAUAAGAAAUCAUGGCCUAUAUGCUCCUCUAUAUCGGAAUGUUUCCAUGUUUAAAAGGAGCUAUGAAUUAAUGGAGCAAACACUGAAGGUUUACAUCUACAAGGAGGGUGAAAGACCCAUAUUCCAUCAGCCAGUGCUCAAGGGAAUAUAUGCUUCAGAGGGUUGGUUCAUGAAGCUGAUGAAGGCAAGCAAACACUUUGUUACUAAGAAUCCAAGAAAAGCCCACUUAUUUUACUUUCCUUUUAGUUCUCGAAUGUUAGAAGAGACCUUGUAUGUACCUAAUUCUCACAACCGCAAGAACUUGGUUCAACAUUUAAAGAACUACCUUGACAUGAUUGCGGCAAGAUACUCUUUCUGGAAUAGAACUGGUGGAGCUGAUCAUUUUCUCGUUGCUUGCCAUGACUGGGCUCCAUCUGAAACAAGAGAUCAUAUGCCUAAUUGCAUUAGAGCACUCUGCAAUACUGACAUCAAAGAAGGCUUUAAAUUGGGCAAGGAUGUGUCUCUUCCAGAGACAUAUGUACGCUCGCCUCAGCAUCUCUUAAGAGAACUUGGAGGCAAACCUUGUUCUGAGAGGCAAAUUCUUGCUUUCUUUGCUGGAAGUAUGCAUGGCUAUCUCCGUCCUAUUUUGUUGCAAUACUGGGAAAACAAAGAUCCUGACAUGAAGAUCUUUGGCCGGAUGCGUAAGGUCAGGGGACAGAUGACCUACGUCCAGCACAUGAAGAGCAGCAAGUACUGCAUAUGUGCUAAAGGUUAUGAAGUCAACAGUCCUCGAGUUGUGGAGGCCCUCUUCUACGAGUGUGUUCCAGUGAUUAUAUCAGAUGAUUUUGUGCCUCCCUUUUUCGAGGUUUUGAACUGGGAAUCCUUUGCUGUUUUUGUUUUGGAGAAGGAUAUUCCAAAUUUGAAGAACAUUCUCCUCUCGAUCCCAGAGAAGAGGUAUCUCCAGCUGCAGAGGAGUGUUAAGCAGGUGCAACAACAUUUUCUUUGGCANGAGUAUAGUGGCUUUCUAGCCACUCAUCAAUACAAUUCAUAUGGAAUGCAUGCCUGCACUUAG